AGGCGGAAGAGCUCCCUGAGGUCACGGGGAACGAACGGCCUCUCCGUAUCUGCGGGUCGCUCUCGCUGGACCAGGACGCCGUUACUUGAGUUCUCCUUCUCCGUCCCCCGACCCGCGGCCCCGCUUUCGAUCGCUGGAGCGGCAGGUUUCCAAGGCAACCGCGCUGUGGGUGCGGAUCUUAGAAGGCGACGGGCGUAACCCGGAAGUGACGCUCUCACCUCGCGCCGGCCGCGAGAGGGUUCGAAGAUGGCGGCGCGCAAGGGUCGGCGACGCACGUGUGAUAACGAGGCACCCAUGGAGACCGAGUCGGGUGACACAGGUUCCGAGGGCCGGACCCAGGUGUACCUGCCUGGGCGGGGGCCGCCGCUGCGCGAAGGGGAGGAGCUGGUCAUGGACGAGGAGGCCUAUGUGCUGUACCACCGGGCUCAGACAGGCGCCCCGUGUCUCAGCUUCGACAUAGUCCGAGACCACCUGGGAGACAACCGCACCGAGCUUCCUCUUACGCUGUACCUGUGUGCUGGGACCCAGGCAGAGAGUGCCCAGAGCAACAGACUGAUGAUGCUCCGGAUGCACAAUCUGCACGGGACCAAGGCCCCGCCCUCAGAGGGCAGUGACGACGAGGAGGAGGAGGAGGACGACGAGGAGGAUGAAGAGGAGCGCAAGCCUCAGCUGGAGCUGGCCAUGGUUCCCCACUAUGGCGGCAUCAACCGAGUUCGGGUGUCAUGGCUGGGCGAGGAGCCUGUGGCCGGGGUGUGGUCAGAGAAGGGCCAGGUGGAGGUGUUUGCGCUGCGGCGGCUUCUGCAGGUGGUGGACGACCCCCAGGCCCUGGCGGUCUUCCUCCGGGACGAGCAGGCCCGAGUGAAGCCCAUCUUCACCUUCUCUGGCCACAUGGGUGAGGGCUUCGCCCUGGACUGGUCGCCCCGGGUGCCUGGUCGCCUGCUGACCGGUGACUGUCAGAAGAACAUCCACCUCUGGACACCCACAGACGGUGGCUCCUGGCACGUGGACCAGCGGCCAUUCGUGGGCCACACGCGUUCUGUGGAGGACCUGCAGUGGUCACCGACCGAGGACACGGUUUUCGCGUCCUGCUCAGUGGACGCCUCCAUUCGCAUCUGGGAUAUCCGGGCAGUCCCCGGCAAGGCCUGUAUGCUCACCACAGCCGCCGCCCACGACGGGGACGUGAACGUCAUCAGCUGGAGCCGCCGGGAGCCCUUCCUGCUCAGCGGCGGGGACGACGGGGCGCUCAAGGUCUGGGACCUGCGGCAGUUCAAGUCUGGCUCCCCGGUGGCCACCUUCAAGCAGCAUGUGGCCCCCGUGACCUCUGUCGAGUGGCACCCCCAGGACAGCGGGGUCUUUGCUGCCUCCGGCGCCGACAACCAGAUCACGCAGUGGGACCUGGCCGUGGAGCGGGACCCCGAGGCCGGGGAGGCGGAGGCCGAGCCCGGGCUGGCGGACCUCCCCCAGCAGCUGCUGUUCGUGCACCAGGGCGAGACCGACCUGAAGGAGCUGCACUGGCACCCGCAGUGCCCCGGGGUCGUGGUCAGCACCGCCCUGUCCGGCUUCACCAUCUUCCGCACCAUCAGCGUCUGAGGCGGGCCGCGGCCUCUGCCGUGCCCUGCUCAGGAGCCGCUCGUGCCGCCUGUCGGCUGCCCCUCGAGAGAAGGGCUGAGAUGGACGCUGGCCCACACCCGCACCUGGCGGGGCCUGGCGGGCCCG